AUGAGCUACUACUACGGCCGACCCAAGAAGGCCAAGGCUGACCCACCAGUCUUCAAACCUGAGCUCUACGAGAAGACCGACGCAAUUGCCUCCGAUCUCAGCCAGAAGUUCAAAAGCUGUCGCAAGCCUUUCGCGUCUUCAGGUGUCAUCCCUCUCAAGGACACUCUGAAGGAUCUGCGCUUCGCCACCCUUCCCUUGGACAACCUGGCCUCCGAAACCGUCUGGAAGGCAGGCGCGCCCUCCAAGUUCGGGCACGACAACACCGACGUCUACGACGAGUCUUACCGGAAGGCCACAGAAAUUCGCCUCCCCGACUUUGCUCUCUCCGCUGAUCCUCUGUUGGUCGGCAAUGUCCUCCGCCAAAUUGAACACCUCAUGGGCACCACCAAGCACCUGCGUGCCGAGCCCUACAAGCUCAACGCAUAUGGCCCCGGUGGGUUGUUCAAGGCCCACCGCGACACGCCCAAGUCUAACGACCACGUGGGCACUAUCACCAUGUGUCUUCCCUCCACCUUCACCGGAGGUGACCUUGUCGUUCGUCAUGCGGGCGUCACCUGUCGCAGCGACUGGAGCAACCUGAAGGACGAGAUCGGCUGGAUGUUCCUGUACUCCGACUGCGAGCAUGAAGUCCUGUCGGUGGAGAGCGGAACUCGCAUUACGAUUGCCUACGACGUCUUUGCUGCCGACAAGCAGCAGAACUACUCCGAAGAUGGAGCUCUCAAGGCUCUCGAGCAGGCCUUGAAGGAGGCGUACGCCGACAAGGACUUCCUCCCGGAAGGGGGAUGGGUCGGCCUGGGUCUGAAGCACUCUUACCCGCUUGAGAAGUUCAAGCCCAAGGUUACUCAACAGGUUGGCGACCAUCUCAAGGGGUCGGACAACACCUGGUACCAAGCAGUGAAGCACCUCGGCCUUGAGCACAAGUUUGUCGGCAUCUACGACAUGGACUCCAUAUUCUACUACAGAGCGGGACAGAAUGAGGGCUACUACAAGUUCGCUGACCGCUUCCUGACGACUUACAACACCUUCCACCGCAUGACAAAUGCUAUGGUCGGCGACGGUUACGACGGCGACUAUUGGCAAAAUUACAACUUCGCCGAGGAGCACAUUGCGUGGCUCACUGAGCCCGAGGCAUACGGCGGAAAGAACCACUACGCCCGCUACGGCAACGAGUGGUCCUCGGCUGUGUGCUACGUCGCCCUCGGCUUGACCGUCAAGUUCCCUCCCCCCGCCGAGCGCGUCUCGGUCGAAGGGCAGUGA